CCAGCCCCACCUCAGCUGGUUAAACUGGUUUGAAGUCCAGACGGCGGCGGAGAGACGGUGGAAGCAUUUUGCAGGCUCCCAGCAGAGCUGCCGCCGCUGCGGGGCCCCCAGCCCCAUGGCCCCCCACCUCUCUCCAGGGUGAAGCAGAAGGGACAGGAAGCUAGUCCACUCUCAACACCCCAAAACACAGGAGAGUUUCUUGCCAUCCCCCAGCGGUACUGAGCCAGCCACUCUCAUGGCUGCUGCUGACCCCAUCCUGCCCCCUGAGGAGGUGGCUUUGCUGGAGCUGGGGAAGGUGGCCCUGGCUGCCCCCCUCGACAAGGUGCCAUCAGCCCUGGAUGAACACCCGGGGGACCCUGAUGCCACCCUGCCAUGGGACCGGUGCCAGCGCAGCGCCCAGGGCCAGCCGGAGCCGGCAGAGACAAGGAGACGCUCAAGUCCUGAAGGAGGCCGUGAAGACCCUGGGGAGGCUGCUCUCCCCUGCCCCCCAGCUGAGGCCGAAGACGAGGAAGCCCCCGGGCUGCCCGUGAUGGCGGCCCACGUCUUUGUGCCCAUCGACCCUCAGUGCAUCGAGCGGACACCCGGCAAGCAGAAGAAGCAACCUGUCCCGUGGCCCCGGGAGGAGGGCAAGGGGGGCUACGUCCCCCACAGCGACAGACCCGACACCCUCCGCCAGAAGCAGGUCUGCCUUCCCGUCGGCCCCUCGCGCUACCGGGACCCACUGGGCUUUGAGGGGCGAGUGGCCAAGCCACCGACCGAGCGGCCGCGGUGCCCAUGCGCCAGGGACUGCGGCACCGACAACCUCAAGGCUGUGGCCUCGGUGGUGGGGGCCCUGCUCCUCUGCCCCUGCUUCGUCUACGGGGCCUACGUCUUCCUGCCUUUCGACGCCCCGCUGCUGCCCACCAUCAGCGCCCGCCUGGUCUACACACUCCGCUGUGCUGCCUUCGCCACGUUCCCCAUUGUUCUGGGGAUGAUCGUCAGCGGCAUCUCCCGCCUCUGCUCCUCCGCACUGGAGCCCUUCGGGGAGCUGCAGCAGGAGGUGGAGAUCCACCGCACCUACGUCUCCCAGUCUGUCCACCUCUUCAUCCUCUACUUCUUCAACAUGGCUGUGCUGGCUACCUACCUCCCCCAGGAGGUCCUCAAGCUCAUCCCCCUGCUCACGGGGCUUUUUGCCAUCUCCCGGUUGAUUUACUGGCUGUCGUAUGCCAUCGGGCGCUCGUUCCGCGCCUUCGGCUUCAGCAUGACCUUCCUGCCCCUCCUGGCCAUGCUACUCUGGAACCUUUACAGCAUGCUUGUUCUGGAGCCCGAAAACCUCCUUGCUAUUGCAGCGCCAAAGCCCGAGGACCGCUCCAAGGACAGCGGAGCCAAACUCCGGUACUGGGGGUGAGUGAGGCCCUGGGGAAAUGGGGUGCCUGGACCCUGAGGUGCAGAGGGGUUGAGCCCUCCUCACCGCCCUGCCUUGUAAGCCCUGAAGGUGAAGGGGUGCAGGCAGAUCUGGCUGGGCCCCUGCUCCCUGCCCGGACCUGGCAAGGUUCUGCUGGGUGCCUGGAGUUGACAGAGCUAAACUGCAAACCCCUCUGCACUGGGAGCUUCCUGCAGGAGGGUGAACAGGGCCCGGAGCAAGACCCAGCGAGCCCCAUCCCAAGCGGAUGGGUUGGAGUGGGAUUUGCCUAACCUGUUGCAGCUGACUCUCCCCAAUAAAGUCCUUCACCAAGUG